AUGGGCUACAGCGAGCGUAUAUGUCAGCUGUGCAGCACCUCUUUCAAUAUCGCCCGCAUCCGCCGAUCAGAUGAGCCUGUUGAUGCCGCUUGGCUUGAAUAUGGAUAUGAUUUUGUUGAAUCGUCCACGGAUUGCGACGCUGAGGACUGUAGCGUCGUUUAUCGGCCCCGCCGCGAACCCGGUGGCGAGGAUAACGAAGUAGAAGACGAAGUCCAAGGCGGCGAAGCAGACGAAGUACCAGAGAGGGAGGAACCCCGUGAAAACGACGGAGUGGAAAACGGCGAGGAAGGCGAAGGAGAAGACGGCGCGCGAGACGAAGACAAGGAAGGCGAACAUAUCGCAGGCCCGCAUUGCGAGUCCACUACCGGCUACUCCGGUCAUCGCAUCUCGGUGGAAGAAAUGAAAGGAUGUCAAAGCGUGCAGUGCAUCAUGCGAAAGGACGACGACUGGUCACCGGAGCCUGGUGACGAGGACUUUGUGGUUCAAUCGGAGACGUGCUGGUUGACCGGCAUCAGCAAAGGACCGCCCGACGAAUUUGAGAUCGAUGGGUUGGAGCCCGUCUUGCACGGAGUCGACAGCACCUUGAUCAAUGAUGCACCCGAAGAGGGAUCGGAGUGGGGUUACCCCGUCCAUCCGCAUUGUUUUCAAAUCUUCUCAAGAUUGAGCAGACUCGCCUUCGGCACGGUCAAUCUCGACGGUCUGCGCCGUCAUUGGGAUGCAAGGGGGGAUCGCUUCGACCAUCUUCAGAACUGGACGAAAUCGACGGAUAUCCCCAGAGCGCUUCAGCAGUGGUUCUCUCAUGUGCCAGGGACGGAAUACCUUGUGGCUCAUCCUCUUGAGGUAUCUGGCUUACAAGCACUGAUCGACGGUUGUUUGUGGGGUGACCAGCAAAGGGAAGAAACAGUGUUUCCUACCGCGGUCUGCGGAGACCACGACUCCGACCCAUUCACGCGACUGUCUCCCGAGCUCGUGAUGAUGGUCAUUGCACAACUCCCGCGCCGAGACGUCGCAAACCUCCGCCUAGCCUCCCGUGUCUUUCGACAGCUCCCUCAAACCUAUUUCCAGACGUUGGUGUCUUCGGAGAUGCCGUGGAUGUCAUGGGAACUGGACUCGCUCCCACCGAAAGAUGUGAAUUGGCACAAGCUUUGGUGUGACCUAUCUGAUGCCGACGGUGGCGCGCGUAGGGAUGAAGCGGUGAGGCCCUGGCGAGAGUAUCUCAAAUUUCCUGACCGAAUCUCCGAAACGUGGGUCGAGAUCCUGCCAGAACUGGAGCAGGAAGAGCUGAAGGGUUUUAUGGAGGGGCCCGGGUACUACAGCUCGUGGGGAAUACCAGAGGGAAAAGAGGAAAGGGUGAAGGAGAUUGUGGCAAAGUACAUGCCGCCUGGUGAGAGUUCGUGGCCCAGUCCGAAGCAGCUGCACGGGCUGAGAAACCGGAGGAGGAUCUAUGAGGAUCUGCAGGACGCAAUCAACAAGAUCAAGGCGCUUGAUGAAGAAGAGGUCGUGUGGUGUUUGAAGCCGUCCGAACAAUAA